CAGGUGACACUUGGAGCUUUUGGCCAAGAGGAAGAAGUUAUUUCUAAUCCCUUAUCCCCAGGAGUGAUUAAGAAAAUCAUCUAUGAAAAAUGUCAUUUACAAGAUGAAAGAGAAGCUGUAGUUCAGACACAUUGGCUGGAUCAUCUCCAAUUCACCUGAACUUUUCAGUGGCAUGCUGAAGAUACGGAUUGGAUGGAUUAUCCAUGCUAUGAAGUAUGAAUUGAAAAUCCGGGCUGGGGAUAUGCCAGCUAAGGACUUAUACCAGAUGUCCCCUAGUGAAGUGAAGCAGCUUCUGCUGGAUAUUCUUCAACCACAGCAGCAGGGGAGAGGCUGGCUAAACAGAAGACAGAUAGACGGUUCUCUCAAUCGAACUCCUGCUGGAUUCUAUGAUCGGGUGUGGCAGAUCUUGGAGAGAACCCCUAAUGGUUUAAUAGUGGCAGGGAAGUUUUUACCACAGCAACCAACCUUAUCGGAUAUGACGAUGUAUGAAAUGAAUUUUUCCCUUCUAGUUGAAGAUAUGCUGCAAAAUAUUGAUCAACCGGAAUACAGGCAAAUUAUUGUAGAGUUGUUGAUGGUUAUAUCUGUCAUUUUGGAGAGAAAUCCUGAGCUAGAGUUCCAGGACAAAGUGGACUUGGACAAAGUGGUGCAAGAAGCAUUUCAGGACUUUAAGAAAGAUAACAGCCAUCCAAAGGGAGCUGAAAAGCAAGAUGACAUGACUGCAUUCUACAACACACACCCACUUGGAAAAAAGGGAACAUGCAGUUACUUGAGUAAGGCUGUGAUCACUUUAUUGCUGGAAGGGGAAAUGAAACCAAGCAAUGAUGAUCCUUGUACUGUUAGCUAAAGCUUGAAAAACAGCAUAGGAGUUGUUGCUUUAUUUAGUGUUCUGUGUAUUUUUCAUGCAUAUAUGAAAAUACUAUUUUGAAACGUAACCCUGACUAGUAAUACAAAUGCAAACUAUGCUGAAAGAAGUGCCAUUAAAGAUACAAAGUGCCACCUAUUUUUUUCUUUUCUCAACUAUGCAGCAAG